AGGAGGUGUCCGACCCUCCGUAGUACUUCACUACAGCAACACAGGGAGAAGCUGGGUAGUGCGACUGGCAAGAUGGCGACUGCAGGCUUCUUGAUCUACAGCGGGAUUAUGCCUCUUCUCAAAAUGUUCCUCACCAUCUUCUUCGGCUAUGUGCUCGCAAAGAGGGAUCUCUUUCCUCCCGCAGCAACACGGGGGGCCUCGCAAGUCACCAUGAAUGUAUCCUUGCCCGCUCUCAUCUUCGCGAAUAUCGUUCCUGCAUUCACGCCUCAGAAUGUCUCCGCCAUUGGACCACUUAUGCUCAUAGCAUUCAUCUACGUGCUCAUCGGUUUCACCUUCGGACUGUUAAUCAGAGAGGUGUGCUACGUUCCGCGAAAUUUCUGGCAAGGCAUAGUCGUUCUAUGCGGGCUUAGCAACUGGGGGAACUUGCCGAACGCAGUGGUGACGACAGUCACUCAGCAAAAACCUUUCAACGGCGAUUCGGAUUCCGCGCUGGGCGUAUCUUACGUGGCGAUAUUCAUCGUCUGUUAUCAUAUAUGCUUUUGGGUUUUCGGCGCAGCCGCUUCGCUCGCGUGGGAUUACAGACCGGCAGUUCCUCAGGGCAGAUAUGCAGAAGUCCGAAUCGCCUGGGAUCAGAAGCCCAUAGGUGGAUGGAUUGCACGAUAUCUUCUGCGCCGGCGGCCCCUUCCCCUUCCUUUCCGUCCGGUUUCCCCAACCCGCAGGGAGGAGAAGGAGAAAGGCCCCGCUCCGGAAGAUCGAGAUGUAGAGCAAGCUGAACUGGGCGAUGUUGUAGAAGUCGAGCCGGAACCAUGUAAUUCCGCGAUUGCAGACGACAACGAUCCUGACAUCAAGCUGGCUCGCCAAGUGUCCCACCUCUCCACGCCCUCAUUCCGGUCACGCCGAGCAUCGGCCGCAUGGCCGUCCUCGUCAAGGCCUCAUGUCCAUACCCAGGCGCCCCAGCAGCAGUCUUUGCCUGCGGAAACCGUCUGUCCCGAGGACCUUCCUGGUGAUGACCGAUCAUCGGCGUCCUCCUCCACAUGCAGUUCAGCUUUUGGUCCAAUACUCAAAGCUAUUGCCCCGCUACGGGUGGUCAUCACGCCCAUUACGUUGACAAUCGCGAUCUCGCUGCCAAUUGCCUUGAUCACGCCCCUCAAAGCGCUAUUUGUUGACGUCUCUGCCAUAAGCGACAAAUACAGUAGUGGCAGUUGGCGUGGGCCCGAUGGAAAGCCCGUGCUCAACUUUGUCAUUGACACAGCAUCUUUCCUAGGUUCCAUAACCAUUCCAAUGGCUCUGGUAUUACUCGGCGCGUCUUUUGCAAGACUGCGUCUAUCGCGUCCCGUUUCACGACUACCCAUCGUAGCCAUGUUUGCGGUGGCCGGUGCGAAGUUAUUCGUGCUUCCGGUGAUCGGCGUCUUCAUCGUGCAAGCAAUGGUCCGCCGCGGACUCAUCGCUGAAGAUGCCAAGGUUGAGCGAUUCGUAGCAACAUUCCUGAGUGGAACUCCAGCCGCCGUCAACCAACUCAUUGUAUCGCAACUAUAUUCCCCAGAUGGGAACGUUGACACGUUAUCGGCAUUCCUUCUCGUGCAAUAUGCAUUGAUGUUCUUUUCAUCCUCAGCUUUGACUGCUGUAUCGCUUUUGCUGCUCUGACGACUCCUCGGCGAUCUAACCCUAAGGUUAAACCUCGGUCGAUAGGCGUUCCUAGACAGCGUGAACGUCAACUAGCUCCACAAUAAAGGAAGACUCCCUCACUCAUAGAAGGUGGUAAGUACACGUAUGAAAGACACGUUAUCAUUG